AUUACGAAUACGAGCUACAAUACAUGUAGCGAGUGAUAUGAUGCAUGCUGUACUGUACAUGUAGCUGUACGUGAGUGGAUGUGAGAAUUGAAGGAAAUGCAACGUGCACAAAUCCGUGUAUGAAUAUGGCGUCCGUGCGAUGGCCAUGUCUGCGAACCUGUAAACGUUUAGCGCUUGAUAAAACAUGAAUUUCUUUUAAAUUUUAUCAAAUUCAAGAAAAACUUUAUGAGUCAAAAGGAGCAAAAGCCUACGCUCACGGGGCACCGAACUCGGACCCGAAAGAGGGAUGAGAAAGAGAAAUACGACCCAACUGGGUUCCGUGAUAGUAUCCUACAAGGACUUAACGAAGCUGGCACAGAUUUGGAACAAGUGUCUAAAUUCUUGGUUGAAACUGGCCAUAAGCUGAACUACAGGCUUUAUGGGGAAACCCUUCUUGACAUUUUAUUUGCUGGUGGUAUUUUAGCACCUGGAGGAUCAGUAGUAGAGGAUACGGAUAAGACCAAGGUUUGCCGCAGCGAGGUCUGCGUCUUCACCACCGAAGAAGAUGUCAAGGCAAUGCAAAACUUUUGGGAGCAAGUGUUCAGCAAGGUGACCAGACGUUUCAAGUACCUCGAAAAGAAACUCCAAGAUGAACUUAGCAAGAUUAUCCUGUUCCUUAAGGGAUUCAGUGAGAUGGAACGUAAAAAGGUAGCAAUGUUUACCAGCAUCUUACUGGCUGAAAACGAGGUAGAUGCUAAAUGCCUCCUCAAUCUCUUCAAUGAUCAUCUAGUCAAAGAUGGUAUCGCCUUGCAGUUUGCAGUGGAUAUGUUUGCAGUAUGGUUGAAGGAAAAGGAUAUGACCAGCAUCGCUACGGUGCUGAGUAAGGCACAACUUGACAACAGACUAUUGGAACUUAUGCCAAUAUCAAAGAGAAGUGAAGCCAACUUUGAAAAUAUUUUCACAGAAGCGGGUUUGACCGAUUUUGCAAAGUAUCAGCGGGCUAGAGCUCAUGCUGAAAGCAAGAAGCAACUGUACAAAGAACUUUCUGAAAUCUUUGAAGAAUCCGGAGACAUAAAAGAGAUACAAAGUGUGAUCCAGGAAACUAUGAAGAAGAAUGAUUUCACUGGCAAGGACAUCAUCGGUGUGCUCUGGAGGGUUAUGAUGAACUCCCAUGAAUGGCCGAAAAAAGAGGAGCUUAUUCCAGAACAAGUUGGACGAUGCUUCAAGAAUUACAUGCCACUAUUCAAGACCUUUGUUAAUAAUGAACGCACUGAAGCUGAACUUUUGCUGAAGAUGCAGGAAUACUGUCAUGCUAAUAUGAGGAAAAUGUUCAGCAAGAUGGUCACCUGGUUUUAUUCAUCUGAUGUACUGUCUGAAGAUGAGAUUCUGAAGUGGUACAAGUGUAACAACAAUCUCAAGGGAAAGGCUUACUUCAAUGAACAGAUGAAGAAAUUUGUUGAUUGGCUUAACACUGCUGAAGAAGAAUCUGAUGAAGAUGAUGAUGAGGAUGAAGAAGAGGACCAAGAUCAAGAAGAAAAAUAGACCUUGAGCGUUUUAAUGCCUUAUUCCAAAUGUCAUACUGUUAUCAUGUAUCACCUGUAAUUUGAUAUUGCAUUUGACCCAACAUCCUCAAAUAGUAUUAAAUUGAGGCUUCCGUUGCAAUUGCUUCUAGUUUAUUUCAGGAAACCUUUCGUCUUAUUCCUUAAAGGGAAAGUUCACCUUGACAAAAAGUUUAUUGUAAAAAUGAGCAGAAAAAAGUCAUUAAAAAAUAUUGCCGAUGGUUUUAGAAAAAUCCAACAAAGAAUUAAAAAGUUAUUAGAAUUGUAAUUAUUUGAUUUGUAACGUCAUCUGAGGGGGCAGCAUUUUACAUAGCGAAUGAUAAAAGAUCAAUGAAGUGCCAUUUUCUCAGAAAAUUGAAAAUGUUUUUACUGUUCCUUUUGUAUAUCAAUAGACUAAUCAUUUCACACCCGAUCAUGAAAAGAAAACAAAUAUAAGUCAUCAGGAACCAUUGAGAAAAUGAUAUUCGUGCAUUUUAUAUUACAUAACAUAUGGGGCAGCUGCUCGUUUAUGAGGUUACAAAUCCAAAACUUAGUUUAAGUACUAAUAACUUAAUCUUUAACAGAUUUUCCUCAAACUCCUUCAUAUUUUUCAUUAUUUUUUUCUGCUAUUUUCAAAACAAAUUUUUCUUCAGGGUGAACUUCCCCUUUAAUAUGCAUCAUGACAUUACUUUGAAUAUUCUUGGAAAAAUAAGGAACAGGAGAGUUGUUAAUUUUCUAUUUUUAUUUUAUUUUUAUGAGAGCUUUGAGCUUUGAAUAUUGCCUCUUAAGAAUUGAGAAUAGUAAUGAGUGACACAUGAAUUGCUCGUGUGCGAUUGCCACAGUAAAAUUCAGCCACACUUCCAAACCAUGUUAUAUAAUCUAUGCUAAUUUUAGCGAGUACAGGUUGCAUUGUUGGCAUUAUUUAAGGUUUGGUAUUCAGAGAUGCCAAUACAAUGUUUGUUAUUACAAGUUAUGUUACAAUGGGUAAAGCUAUCAAAAACAAAAAUUUAAAUCAGUGUUCCAUUUACUUUAGACUGCCUAAAAUACCUGUUGAUUUCAGGUGGCAAGUAUUUCAUAUACCAUGGCACUGCACACAUGUAUUGGGUUCAUUAAUCUCCUAUCUUGGGACUAGUAAAGCAAGCUUGGUAGUAUGGUUGAGUUGUUUUAUUGUUUCCACUGCACAUCAUUAUAGAUCAUGUAACCAGUCAUAAAGCCAGCACUUUGAUCAAUAGCUAAGAUAUUGGUCUUUUUUUUUUCUUUUUUUUUCAAAAAGCCCUGAUAUUAUCAAUGCAGCUCAUUUGUGAAGUGCACCACACAAACUCUCCCCUCUUAUGAAUGUCUUGUACAUUUUAUGGAAAAUUUGUACUUAACUCGCUGGGAGUGAUUAUUGACAAAUUUAUUUGAUGAUUUUCUAACUUGCUUACAAGAUAAACAUGGCUUUCAUCUGUGUAUCUGUCUAAAUAGCUAUACGUUGGUUUAUACCUGCGAAAUACACAGCUGUGUGCCGCUAAAAGAUGUUAGUGGAGAUUGUUCUUUUAAUAAAAUAAUUUGGUGCUAUGACUGAUAAGAAUAAAUGGGCUAGUCAACUAAUAAUUACUGAAGAGUGAAGCCCCAAGUCUUGUUAAAACUAGAUAUGUGUGGAAACUAUUAAACACCUUUAUAAAAUGUUUCUGUGGACAUCAAUAAUGUUUUGUUUGUUUUGGAGGAAUUUUUUGUCAUUUUGUUAACAUUACUCCCCUGUUUUUUCCUGGGCAGACAAACAAUACAAAAAAAUGUUAUUGCACAGAUGCAAUUCAUGUUGAGUGUCGUGAUAUCAUGGGUGGUAUUUCCCUGUACAUUGCAUACUUAAAAAAAUGGGUGUGGGAGUUUGUAAUUGGUAUGAAAUGAAAGCGUUGAAUUACAAGUCGGAACGCUAUGCUCCUCUGUCUUAUGUUGAUCUUGUUCAGUAAAUUGCAUAUUGGAUUAUGAUGUAUGUGUAUGUCACUAUCAAAUGUUAGGGAAUUGGAAAGAUUAAAUAAAAGAAAAGUAGAAAUAUAUCAGAAUGAAAGGAAUAAAUUGUAUUAUAUAUUAUUUUUCUUCAAGCAUGAACCUUCUCAUAUACCAUAUGUUUGUACAUUAAGGAUUGAUGGGUAGAAAAUUUUAAAAGAUGCUUCAUUGUAAUUUGUAGAAACCUAGCUUGUAAGAUAAAUUUGUUGAACAGUUAUCCUUGUUUUUUCUUUUCUUUAAUUUUCAUUUAAGUAUUUCUUAGUAUGAUUGACUUGUACACUUUAUAACUUGUUAUUUUCAUCUUUUUAGGUUUUCAUAUAUGUAUAUCUGUCUUAUGGUUUGUAAUCUUAACUCAUUGUAAUGAUCAAGAGAUUUACCGAGAAACAUGAUAUAAAACAUGAAGAUUGCUUUUUGUGCCCUGUUCAUGUAUUUGAUAAAUUCUGUACUUUAAUUACUGUGUGUGAAUUUAGAACUGACUA